UGUUGAAAAGCCUGCAAAAUGGAUGCCAAGAGAUGCAGAACUUUAAGGGAUCAAGAAAAAGGCAAUGAAGACAGGCUGAGUGUACUACCAGAUUCCAUUCUUCUUCUCAUACUAUCACUUUUGCCUACCAGAGAUGCCAUCAAGACAAGCACCCUCUCAAGAAGGUGGGACCGGUUAUGGACCUCUGUGUCUAAUCUGAAAUUCCAUCUACCAUCAGAACAGAAGACGCCAAAGAAUUUCAUAACUUCUGUGCACCGCGCCCUUCUUCUACAUGAAGGUCAAUGCAUCUCUAAGUUUUCUAUCAGAUUCUACUACAAGGAAAAGUUUGCUUCUCAUGUUGAUGCAUGGAUCCGCUUUGCAACAAGGAAAAGUGUGGAAGUGCUUCAUUUAGAUUUCACAGACAGGUGUACCUAUACUGUUGGACGAGAUGUUCCCUAUGCGAUGCCUCGUCAUUUCUUCAACAAUGAAACGUUCACCGAGCUGAAGUUGAACUUCUGUUCUUUCAAGAUGCAUGGAGUGCAACUUUCCUGGAAAUCACUCAGAAAGCUAUCUCUCAGGCAAUUUGUACUAAGUGAUGACAUGGUUAAUGGUAUUCUAGCUGGAUGCCCCAUACUAGAAUGCUUGGUUCUUGAGCAAUGUUCCAGCUUGACUUUCCUGAGCAUCCCUUCUGCAAAACUGAAAAGCUUGACGCUAUGUAAUAUGCAAACUGAGAUUAAAAUUUAUGCAUCUCAUUUGUUGUCACUAACACUUUCAGGCUACAUGCACGAAGCUGAACAUUCCAUUGUAGAUUUAUCACGUCUGGAGUAUGCCAAGAUUGAUUUUAAUUUAAUGUUUUUCGAUGUCGUGGAUGAAUGCGAAGUUGAGUACUUUUGCAGGAAAUUAAGAAACAUCAUUAGAAAUGUGUGUCAUGCAAAGACUCUAGCACUAUGUCAAUCGUGUGUCCAGCUGUUAACAGCUUGUGAGGUUUACAGCAUUCAAAUUCCCAUAUUGAAGUGCAAGUCUCUGACACUGGAAACAAGUUUCCGUAAACACGAACUCAUUGGGAUAACCAGUUUACUGCAGAACUCACCCGGUUUGGAAAACCUAAUAAUUAUAGCCAGUAACUUGUAUGGGUUUUGGUGUGAAAGUGAUCUAACAAGAAAACAUCCUGUUGAUGAGCAAAGAUUUUGGGAUUCACAGACUGAUGCUUUCUCUUCUUCACUUCACCAUUUGAGGACUGUUAGAUUGUACAGUUUUAUGAGCUGGGGUGUUGGAUCAGGCUGUGAUAUCAUGGAUAUGAGCUUAGGGAAAUUGCAGAAGAAAAUUGCAAGGGAAUUAAACCUUGUGAAGUUUUUAUUAACAAAUUUUACAGUCAUAGAGAGGGUGGAUUUUUACAUCAAGAAGGACCAGAACUCCAAAAUUACCAAACUGAGAGAGAUAAUACAUACUGUUUCCCAAGCUAUAUUGGUAUGCCCAAAAGCUUCAUCCCUUGUGGAAGUGGUCUUCUGGUAGGGCCUACCUAUGUAUUUGUAUGAUGCAAGAAUGUAACAUUAU